CAAAUAUUCUAAAUCAACGGAUUUUACGCAUUCCGUAAAUGAAUUGGUUUCGGACUUCACUACACAAAUGAUGGCCAAAGAGGGCAUUAAUCGGCCAUUAGAUGAUGAAUAUUUUACCAUAUUCAAAUAUGUGGCUACGUUAUUUUCGCAUCAUUUAGGCAACAAAUAUAUUCUCUACGAAUAUAUACCGUAUUUUCGUCCCUUUAUGUCCGACCCGUUAAUUAAAUUUCGCAGUCAUUAUAAACAAUGUUUAGAUUAUUUGCUAAACGUAUUGAAAACACACGAAAUGACUUACGACGAGAACAAUUGCCGAGACGUUUGCGAUAUGUUUAUCGGCGCUAAACGUAAGGCUAAGGCCGAGUGCCGGCCGGGGGUGGAGUGGCUUACAGAUGACAAUAUAACCGCAACCUUUAUAGAUCUAUUUGUUGGUGGCGUCGAUACGACAUACGCGACACUUCAAUGGCUGGUAUUAUUUGUCGCAUACUUUGAGGACUGG